UCUCGUUCAACUGGUAGAACUAUCAAAACAGACAUUAAGAAAGUUUAGUGUGAGAGAAAGUGUCAUGUUAAAAAUUCUAUCAACAUGACUUCGUGGCAUAGAAAUAUUUUUUAUUUUUUUGCGCUAAUUUUUAAUUUAAUUCAUUUAAUAAAAUCACAACAAUUUCAACAGCAGGGGCAAGGAAUGCAUGCUCCAAUACAACAGCAUCAACCAGAUUUUGCAUAUCAACAGAUUCAACAACCUGUACAGGGUGAAGCUCAUAGACCAUGGUAUGAAAGUUUACCAGCUGUAGCAAUGGAUUAUAAAGUUCAUAUUGAUGCCGGAAAAGAAGAUUGUUAUUUUCAAUAUGUUCAACCGGGUGCAACAUUUUAUGUUGCAUUCAGUGUUGUACGAGGUGGUGAUGGUAUGGCUGGUUUUGCUGUUCGUAAUCCAGCUGGACAAAUAGUUAAACCAUAUCAAUGGCAACCAUCUGCUGAUUAUACAGAUCAAACAUCUCCUGGUGGUUAUUAUUCUGUUUGCAUAGAUAAUCAAUUUUCUCGUUUUGCUGGAAAAUUAAUUAAUAUUUAUAUUACUGUUGUUAAAUAUGAUGCAUGGGAUAAAUAUGCAAAAGAAAUUGAAGAAUUACAAUUGAAUAUGCAAAAUUUUACUCAAGUAAUUGGUACAGUAGAAAGAAAUAUUAAUGAUAUGUUAACAUAUCAAUCGCACAGUAAAAGUCGUGAGGCUAGAGAUUAUGCUCUUCUAAUUGAUAAUAAUUCAUACGUACAAAAAUUCUCGUUAGCUCAAAUUUUUAUCAUAUUAAUUACAUGUUCUGUUCAAGUACUAUUUGUUAGAAAACUUUUCGAUGUUAAAACAGGUUCCAGUGGUUCGAGAAGUAGAAUUUAGAAUUAUUUAAUAAAAUAUAUAUAUAUAUAUUUUUUUACAUUAUCUGGACAACAGUGUUAAUAACAAAUCGGUUAAGAAAAAAAAAAAAUAGAACGGAAAAUAUUAAUAAAUUGUAUUCAUUCCUCUAUUAAAACUCAUUCCUAUUUUUAAUUCAUAUUCAGAGUAGAUCGUACUUAAAAUAAAGAUUGUUUAAAAUAUUUUUGUAUACUAAAAAUAUAUAUGUAUAUAGGUAUAUAUUUUUAUAAAAUAAAAAAAUUUAUUUUUAUAUCGUCUCUGUAAGAUAAAACAAAAAAAGAAAAAAACAGAAGUUUAAAUUAAAAUUUUUCUACCAAAACUAUGUA